GUCUUUAUCGUAGUUGGUUUAUUUAAUUUCAUAAUUUCCCUCUUACUCAUUUCAGCUGUAAUUAACACUAUCCCCAAAGAUGGGACCUUUAAGAUAACUGGCAAUGGAGUUGAAGGCGAAGGAACUUUUACUGCAAGCAACGGUAAAGCAGAAAUCGGCCUUCACAUCUCUCUCACGGGCCAGGGAUCGACAGCGCAGUUGGUCGUACCAGCACCAGAUCUAGCUGAUAAAGGGGAACCUGAGAACACAUUCAGAACAACAGAUGGAAAUGAUAACACUGAAACAGAAAUCACCUUCACUCAAGAUGGUAAGAUCAGGAAAAUUCGUCUUCUUAAGGGGGCUAAGUCAUGCUAUCUGCUAUCUCUUGACGAAAUAAGAUGAUCGCAAUUUAUGCAAUUGCGUAAAGAAGCCUGGAAAAAAUUCAGGACUUCAACGGGGUUUGAACCCGUGACCUCGCGAUUACCGGUGCGAUGCUCUACCAACUGAGCUAUGAAGCCUCUGACGUUGGGAGCAGGUCAAGUCCUGAAAUUUUUUCACCCUUUUUUACGCAAUUGCAUAAAUUGCGUUCACUGCGACGAUCACCUCUUCAUUCUCAUUUCAUUUCCGCAGUUCAUAUAUGAUUUAUUUCAUAGAUCACUAACAAAAAAAGUUUCAUUAUGCAUAGUACUUUUGAAAAGGAGGGAAUCGCGAUGUCUCUGCUCGAUAUCACCAACUGCGUUACAUGAGAAAAAUACGCCACUCUGUUCCCGGAUGUAGUCGUCAUAUCAAUUGUAGCGUGCUUAUUCCCUGUAAAACAAACAAACAAACAAAACAACAAAAAACAAAACAAAGCAAAUAACGGAAAAGACAAUCAAACCAUAAAAAAAACAUAACUAUGUAAAAAAUAUUAUUCAUUCGUUAAUGCAUUUGAUUAUCUCAAGUUAAGAAAAAACACUUUAUUUUAGAUGAAGACUUUUUGGAUCAAAUGUUAGAGGAACAUAAUAAGUUACGAUCUGUUCAUCUGGCUCCUCCUUUGGCAAAAAACAGAAACAUGUCACUUCAGGCCAAGACCUUAGCCAUUCAGCUGGCAGCAGAAGCGAACCUAAGGCAUUCAAACAAAGCCAGUCGCCCUGAUCAAGGAGAGAACUUAGCCAUGGGAUGUACAUCCUCAGGACCAGGAAUCACGGCCAAAGACGCCGCAAAGGAGUGGUAAGUAUCCAAUCAUAACUAAAAAGAUAUCUCUGCUCCAUUUAUUCAUUCAUUUAUCCAUUGAUUCAUUUAUUAAUUCAUUUACUUCCAUGUGAAAACAAUAAAAGUGCAAACAGAGUAAAAAUCGCUGAGUUGUCUCUAUGUCUUCGGUCGGGAUAUGAAAAACGAGAAAUUCCGUUUUUGUAAAAUGAAACAUUUCGUAUUACAGGAGUGUCGUUUUCAUCUAAAGUGAAGCCCGUCUUUUCCUUCCUGUGGAAACUUUAAAGCAGAAUGUGAAGUUGAUUCUUGAAAUAUGGAUUAUGGUUUCAUUAUUCAUUUCAAUAUCGCGCUCCUUAGUUGAAGGAUAGAGAAUAAAAAAAAGAGGCUGUUAUUUUUUCAAGUAGCACUUCAUGUGUUCGUUACUGAAGCGUGUUCUACCGUGUUUUUGCUUUAAAACUCAUGGUCACGGUCACUGUCACUGUUAACAUCUGAUAGAGGGAAAUCUGUUUUAAAAUUUUAAUUCUCUCACUGAAGAGAGAAUGUUUCCAAAAAAUAAUGACAUCGUCUUUUAGAAUCAUACUCACAUUUUAUUCCUUAAGGGAAUGAAUUAGUAACUCGUUGCACUGUAGUGUUCCUGUAUUAAUUAGCCUUAUACUUAGAUAAACUUGCGUCAUGGUGCGUCUUACUGCAUCCAUUUAGCCGGUACAAGUUUCAUGUAGGAAUGAUUUUUUUUUAGUCUUGACUGAUUCAAUUUAAUUUUUUGACCACAAAAGUACAGUAUUUACUUAAAUUGCAACACUUAAACAAUGACCGUUUAAACAGCGAAUAACAGCCACUAAUAAUGAGCCUUGUGUUGCAGGUAUGAUGAGGUAUGUAGCCACAAUUUCUACGAUCAAGCCUAUCAAGACAGGUCCGGUCACUUUUCACAGCUAGUAUGGAAUGCCACCCGUGAACUUGGUGUGGGCAGGGCUAUAGGCCAAAAGUUUGGCAUGAAUUGCACCUUCAUCGUGGCUCGCUACAGGCCGUUGGGCAACAUUGGAUCCGAGUUUGCCUAUGACGUGAGCAAAGGAAACUUUGACUCCUCCUAUUGCAGUCAUGUACAGCGAGAUAGCUUACCUCGGCUGGGUGAACCAAAAUCAAAUAUUGGAGCAAAAAAGGGAAGAUACAGAGCCAGGAUACCUCAUGUUCCGAAAAUAGUGAUCUUGUAA